AGUAGAGGCGCGCAGCUGGACCGGGAGCCUCGGGCAGCCGGACCAGCUGGCACUGGGAGGGCACAACGUGCGGCCGCCGGCCACUAUGCUUCAGCGCUGCGGUCGGCGCCUGCUGCUGGCGCUGGCGGGAGCGCUGCUGGCUUGCCUCCUGGUGCUCACGGCCGACCCGCCGCCGACACCAGUACCAGCCGAGCGUGGACGCCGCGCGCUGCGCAGUCUGGCCGGCUCCGCUGGGGCGGCUCCGGGUUCCGGGUCUAGGGCGGCCGCGGAGCCCGGAUCCCUCGCGCGCGAGGUGCAUAGCCUCUCCGAAUACUUUAGUCUACUCACUCGCGCGCGCAGAGACGCGGAUCCACCGCCCGGGGUUGCUUCCCGCUCGGCCGACGGCCACCCGCGUCCCCCGGCCGAGGUCUUGUCUCCCCGCGACGUCUUCAUCGCGGUCAAGACCACCAGAAAGUUUCACCGCGCGCGUCUCGACCUGUUGUUCGAGACCUGGAUCUCGCGCCACAAGGAGAUGACAUUCAUCUUCACAGAUGGGGAGGACGAAGCUCUGAGCAAGCUCACAGGCAACGUGGUCCUCACCAACUGCUCUGCCGCGCAUAGCCGCCAGGCUCUGUCCUGCAAGAUGGCCGUUGAGUACGACCAUUUCAUCGAGUCAGGGAAGAAGUGGUUCUGCCAUGUGGAUGAUGACAACUACGUGAACCUCAGGGCGCUGCUACGGCUGCUGGCCAGCUAUCCCCACACUCAGGAUGUGUACCUUGGCAAACCCAGUUUGGACCGGCCCAUCCAGGCCACAGAGCGGGUCAGCGAGCACAAGGUGCGACCUGUCCACUUUUGGUUCGCCACCGGAGGAGCUGGCUUUUGUAUCAGCCGAGGGCUAGCCCUAAAGAUGGCCCCAUGGGCCAGUGGGGGACACUUCAUGAGCACAGCUGAGCGCAUCCGGCUCCCCGACGACUGCACCAUUGGCUAUAUUGUGGAAGCGCUGCUGGGAGUGCCCCUCAUCCGGAGCGGUCUCUUCCACUCCCACCUGGAGAAUCUGCAGCAAGUGCCCACAACCGAGCUCCACGAGCAGGUAACCCUGAGCUAUGGCAUGUUUGAAAACAAGCGGAACGCAGUGCACAUCAAGGGACCCUUCUCGGUGGAGGCUGACCCAUCCAGGUUCCGCUCUGUCCACUGCCACCUGUACCCGGAUACACCCUGGUGUCCCCGCACCGCCAUUUUCUAACAGCUGUGGCUGAGACCCUGUCCCUGGGCGCCCCUGGUAUCCAAAGGGCCCAGGGACCCCUGUUUGUGUCCUGACCUUGGUGUACGAGGCUCUUCAGGGCUGUGUGUAUGUGUGUGUGUGUGUGUCUAUAUUUGUGUGUUUCUGUGGUGUGCCCACUCAUGUUGCAGACUGCUGGGCAGUCGUGUUCUUCAGGGAGUGGCCUGUCUGUCCCUAACUAUCUUUUCUACAUUCUGAGACCCACUCCAAGGGCAGUUCUGUGGGAUCUGUGUUUGGAUCUCUGCAGUGUGGGGAGAGGCCUCAGGGCUCCCCUCAGGGGUACAUGGGUGCUGUCUUAUAGCACUGUCUCUUAAGUUGGGGUGCCAGCACCUACCUGAAACCUUCCCUGUCAGCUGAGCCAUGCCCAGUGCUAGGGAAAAUGGUUUAGGUAGUAAAAGGCCUGGGGCCCUCCUUCUAGCUUGGGCACUGCCAGUGACCGUUCAGGUGACCCAGUGCUUCUCUUCCAGCCCUCCAGGGUGGGGUGAAGUCUUCAGCCCCACCCCUUGAGGUCCUAUCUUUGUCUCCCACACUAGGGAGUUCAGAGCUAUGAAUUUUAUCUCCUCUCCAAAGUAGAGAGAAAGUCACCCAUAGUGGGUGUGCCUGUAAAUAUUGUGACAGUAUUUUUUUACUGUGCUGUUUCUUGAGAUGGGAAGGGUGGGUGUGAAGGGAGGGGGGUUGUUUUCUGGGUGGGCUGGAGAGGGUCUUAUUUUAUCUUUUCUGUGGAUCAGAAAAAAGCAGAAGCCAAACAGGCUUGGUCUUUGGAAAGCUGGACCAUGAAUGCCUUAGUACUGUAUUUAUGCUUUCCAGUAUCUGGAAUCCUGCUCUCCCCCACCAUCCUCCCCAGCACCCCAAGGCUCACCUCACCCCACCCCAUGGGCUGCGUUCUAUGUUCUUUUUGCAAAGACCUUAGCUAGGCAAGCUAAUGAUGAUAAGGGAAAAGCUCUCAGGGAAUUGAUGUGUUGUUGCCAUGGUGACGUCCUUCCGCUGAAUAAAGGUGCUCUUUGCAGCAA